CCUGCGCGGCGCGGGGCCCGGUCCGGGUUGGGGCGCGCGAGCGGUGGGGUUGAGCGGCGGGGGGCGGCACGAAAAUGGCGCUGACGCAGGGCACCAAGCGCAAAGUCUGCUACUACUACGAUGGUGAUGUCGGAAACUACUAUUAUGGCCAGGGACAUCCCAUGAAACCCCACAGGAUCCGAAUGACCCACAACCUGCUGCUGAACUACGGCCUCUACAGGAAGAUGGAGAUCUAUCGCCCUCACAAGGCAAAUGCAGAAGAAAUGACCAAGUACCACAGUGACGACUACAUAAAGUUCCUGAGAUCUAUCCGCCCAGAUAACAUGUCUGAGUACAGCAAGCAGAUGCAGCGAUUUAACGUUGGGGAAGACUGCCCUGUGUUUGAUGGGUUGUUUGAGUUCUGUCAGCUGUCUGCUGGAGGCUCAGUUGCCAGUGCUGUGAAGCUGAACAAGCAGCAGACGGAUAUUGCUGUGAACUGGGCAGGAGGCCUUCACCACGCUAAGAAGUCGGAGGCUUCUGGCUUCUGUUAUGUCAACGAUAUUGUCUUGGCUAUCUUGGAGCUCCUGAAGUACCACCAGAGAGUGCUGUACAUCGACAUUGAUAUUCACCAUGGCGAUGGCGUGGAGGAAGCUUUCUAUACCACAGACCGCGUCAUGACCGUGUCCUUUCAUAAAUACGGAGAGUACUUCCCAGGAACGGGGGACCUUCGGGACAUUGGUGCAGGCAAAGGCAAAUACUAUGCUGUAAACUACCCGCUGCGCGAUGGGAUCGAUGAUGAGUCCUACGAAGCAAUAUUCAAGCCGGUGAUAUCAAAAGUGAUGGAGACGUUCCAGCCUAGCGCAGUUGUCCUGCAGUGCGGGUCAGACUCUCUGUCAGGGGACAGGCUGGGUUGUUUUAACCUGACCAUCAAAGGUCAUGCCAAGUGUGUGGAGUUUGUAAAGAGUUUUAAUUUGCCGAUGCUGAUGCUGGGUGGAGGGGGCUACACGAUCCGCAAUGUGGCGAGGUGCUGGACAUAUGAGACUGCUGUGGCAUUGGACACUGAAAUUCCCAACGAACUUCCGUAUAAUGACUAUUUUGAGUACUUUGGACCAGACUUCAAGCUUCACAUCAGCCCCUCGAACAUGACUAACCAGAAUACCAACGAGUACCUUGAGAAGAUCAAGCAGCGCCUCUUUGAGAAUCUGCGCAUGCUGCCUCAUGCCCCUGGUGUCCAAAUGCAGCCGAUUCCUGAGGAUGCUGUGCAGGAAGACAGUGGAGAUGAAGAGGAAGAAGAUCCUGAGAAACGCAUUUCGAUCCGCAAUUCUGAUAAAAGAAUAUCCUGUGAUGAAGAAUUCUCUGACUCUGAAGACGAAGGCGAAGGAGGGCGCAAAAAUGUUGCCAACUUUAAGAAAGCAAAGCGUGUGAAAACAGAAGAGGAAAAGGAGGAAGAGGAGAAGAAAGAUGAGAAAGAAGAGGAAAAAGCGAAAGAGGAGAAAACGGAACCCAAAGGGGCGAAGGAAGAGCCGAAAUCCACCUAAGAUGGCUGCAGCUGGGCAGUACCUGUCAGUGCGUAGUUGUCGUAGGUUAGCUUCUCUGGUUGCCUCCCAUUCCACAGGAUUUAUAUUUUAUAUAUGUUUCUGUAUAUAUUUCUAUAUAAAUAUAUAAAUGACUUGAGAACUGUAAAUUAUUCCUUGCUGCACUCUGCUGGGAGCAGGUAGGGAGGAUUCUGCGGAGUCAACAGACCUGCGCUGCCCAGAGUUGGUGACUGGGAAGUUUCACUCUUGCCUUCCACUGCCUCCUCAGUGUCUCUGAAAAACUCACUUCCUUUCUGUACUCUCCUCUGAAAUAACCACCCUUGGAAAAGAGUAAUUUAAGUAGUAGUAGUAGCUGCGUUUCAGGUUAGGUGGAAAGAUGGCCAUGAAAUGUCUUUUUUUUUUUUUUCCCACUUUUUCCUUUUUUUGUGGUUUGUUUUUUGUUUUUUUUGUGGGAGAACAUGUGUUCCCAAGUGAAGCCUGUGAGAAACUUGACUGUUCCUUUGGUCUUCAGUUUGAUUCCACCUUGGCAAGUAACUGCAAGCUGGUGCCGCUUCUCAGGGUCAAAUAGAGCAGUUCUUGAAUAGAGUUGGCUACCUCCCUGCAGCAAACUUGAGAGACCAAGCAGCUUAAGAGCAGCCUGUGAGGCGCUGCAGUGAAUCGGCCCCGGAGCCCUGCAGGGGCAGAUCUGGAAAAUGCAAAUCAAGAAUCACCCUGAUGUGGGGGAUCAUGGUUUCCGCGAUCCUGCAGAUCCAGUUAGCAUGGCAGCAUUCUACAUCUCAAGUAAGAGAGAGGAUGAUGUUUUUAUACCUUUUUUUCUAUAAUUAAGUCCCUCUCUGAGGGGGGGAAGCGAGUUACUGCCCGUUUGGCCGCCUGCUUUGCUUUUCCUGCUCGUUGUGCCCUCAGCUGCGCGUGCUGUGAUGUGCUUUCUCUGUCCUGAUCCGUGUGCUAGGCUGAAAGCACUGCAGGAAUUCCCAGCUCGGCUACAGGCCAGGCCGAACAGAGCCUGGCCAAAACCCCUUGUCCGGCGUCUGUCACUGAAAAUCCUUCUCUGAAAUGAAGUUACAAAGGUUUUCAGAGGGAACCUUUCCUUCUCUCACCCUCAAGGCCAGUUAUGGAAAAGCUCUUUAUCAGCCUUCGGAGCUGUUAUCGUUCCACGGGAACAGCAGAUGGGGCUCUGCACAUUUUUCUAGCAAAGCUGCCUCCUGCUGCUCCCACGCAUUCUCACACCCAAAGUCUUUUGUGACCAGAACUGGCCUUGCUUUUGCACCUCGUUUUGUACAGCUGAGCGUUAGCUGAGGGUUUGGGGACUGCGUUGCAGCGGUUGUGCAGAGGCAGCUGGGACUCGCCACUCUCCUCUCUCAGGGGGAUUCCUCUGUCCUCAGAGGAUCUGUACCUCCCACGGAGCGCUGCUGAUGGCUUCAACUCUAAUAAUGCUGCUAACUUCACACAGGUUAUUUUUCAAAUGUUUUAUUUUUUUAAAUUACCUUUUUUCCCCCCUUUUCCACCGUGAGUUUUUUUAGUUCCCUUGGAUCCGAGUGACGCGUCACUCCUGCUCUUCAGUGUUUGUAUGUGAAGCGAGAGAUCAGUGUACCUUUGUGUCGGGGGGAGGGGGGAAUAUUGUGGUUUUUUAAAGAUGCUUUUAUUUUGAAUUUUGAGAAUCUUUGUAAUAAAACUGGUACAUUUCUACGGCUGCUGUCAGUUUUUACUGCUUUCUGCUGAGAGAAGACACUUGGAGUGGGAAUUCAGUUUGUUUUCUUGAGCCACUGCUGGAAAAUGGUGUGGUACCUCGGUCGUGAUGGUGAUGUGGUGUGAGUCCCAGCAAUAAAACGAGCUGUGAUGAGGCUGUGGAUAGAAAGGUGAGGUGAGGGUGAUCGCUUUGACCCCUCUUUCACCAACAGGGCUGAAUGUGUUGCUUCAGACGCAUCCACUGAAGGAUUCGAUGUGGAACGUGCUCUGUGCUGCAUUAAAGGUUGCUUUAGUUUCUUUUGUUGGUAUUUGUUCUUUCCCCCCUGCCCCGUGUUUUAUAAAAUAGCCUUGAAAUCCUCCUCCUGCCCUCUCUCUCUCCAGAAGAGGAAAGCUGAAAGAUCAAGGGUUUAUUCGCUCACAGCUCUUCAAUGAAAGGUGGCUGGGGCCAUUCUUCUGUCUCCUUUCUAAAUGGGAGCUGAGUUCUCGUCCAGCAGCGCUGCUGAUGCUCACUGGGUUGGGGUUACAGCACCUCGUGCAGCCAACGCUCCGAAAGCAGUGCUCGUCUGGAAAAGGAAUUGUGAGUUACGGGAAGGGGGUAUCUUUUGGAUGAGCUGAGGUGGGUUUUAUCUGGUAUUCAAGUGAAAAUAUAUCCUUUAAUAUCAUUAGGAGCAGGUUAAUUUGCAACCGAGCGGUGCUCACACCUGAAACGGGCACAAAAGGCUCAGCAAAGAAAGGGCUUCGCCUGGCACAGUUGGCUCCUAUGGCUGAAAAAAUACUCCAUGC